UAGUUAUAGACGCCAAUAUACAGGUCAAUUUGGCAGUAUGGACAUCGGACAACCAACGAUCCCCAACACAUCUCAUAUUAAAUACAUCGUCCUGAUCAUUUAAGCAUAUUUCACUGUCAUCUCUCUGCUAAUAUUAGCUGUGUAUGUUGUCUUGUGGGUUACCAUACUACCGAAUUACUCUACCUCGUUUAUCACUCGCCGUGAUGGUCAGUCCUACGGGCGUCAAGCGCAAUGCCAAUCAUCUUGCUACACCAGAUGGCGGCAACAAGAAACCCAAAGGAAAGGGCAGUAUCACUUCCUUUUUUGGUCCCCCCCAAAAAACGAAAUGCGCAGACCUGAAGCCUCAGACUUCGUCACCCAAUUUCGAUAAGAAGAAGUGGGUGGCAUCAUUGACCUCGGAGCAGAAAGAAUUGCUUCAACUCGAAAUUGACACUUUGGAAGAGAGCUGGCUAGCACAGCUUAAGGAAGAAGUGGUGUCCCCGGAGUUCCUAGCUUUGAAGCGCUUUCUCCAGAAGGAAAAGCAAUCUGGUGCAAAAAUCUUCCCCCCGGAAAAAGACAUUUACUCUUGGUCUCGAUUUACACCCUUGCAUUCGGUAAAGGUGGUCAUUGUCGGGCAGGAUCCGUACCAUAAUGUCAAUCAGGCUCAUGGUUUGGCAUUCUCCGUUCUUCCUCCAACCCCUGCUCCUCAGUCUUUGGCAAAUAUCUAUACUUGCCUCAAAAAUGAUUAUCCUUCUUUCGAGCGACCUCCAAAUAAAGGUGGACUUCUCACGCCGUGGGCCGAGCGUGGAGUGUUGAUGCUCAACACCUGUUUGACGGUCCGCGCUCACUCAGCCAAUAGCCAUUCGAACAAAGGAUGGGAAAAGUUUACACAGAAAGCUCUGGACACCGUGGCUAGGGUGCGAUCCCGUGGGGUGGUCUUUCUUGCAUGGGGCACCCCGGCCGGGAAACGUGUAGGGGCAAUCAAUCGAGACAGGCAUUACGUGUUACAAUCAGUACAUCCAAGUCCACUGAGUGCACACAGGGGCUUUUUGAACAACGGGCAUUUCAAGAAAUGCAAUGAAUGGCUUGCGGAAAGAUACGGGGAAGAUGGGAUCAUUGAUUGGAACUUGACCCCAAAGACAAAUGCCAAUGCUCCCAGUGCCGCACUGCAAAAUACCACACCUGAAAAGAAGUCCUCGAAAUCCCAGCCGCCUGAAGAGAAAGAUAAAGAACCACCCCACGCUGACAGUGAUGACGAUGAAUUUGAGGAUGAUGAUAUUGAUGCCGUUGAAGCCUUAGCUGCUGCAGAAUCUGCAGACCAAGCAAACCCCAAGAGUGGAUGAAGUGAAGCAUCAAUGAUCUUCCGAGUUAUGAUUAAAGAUCUACUCUUGAUUUAUUUUUAUUUUCAUUUUUGGUUCAUUUCCUUCAAUUGGCAGGCUUGCAUGGAGUAAGUUAGUGUAUCAGCAAAGGUACCAUUGAGUUUUGUAAGGUUUAACUUUUAAUUCCAUGGCGUAUGCGAUCUUGAUGUCACUGGGUAAAAUCUACAUAGGGCUGCACUAGAUACAGGUACAUCCGGGUAGGCGUGGCCAUAACAGCUUCCAGCAAAGGCAAGGUCCUGUUUCAACUAUGGAAUAGGAGUGGUGGCUAUCAUUUCAAAUAGUUUGACAUGGAACCAAAUCAGUUAACUGACGUCUGGCAGGAAAGGUAUCAACCGAGGAUGAGAAUUUUCAACUUGAGAAAAUCCAGGAUACGGACUAUAUAGGCUUCAAUGGCAAACAUGUUUCCGGGAAAUGUCUACAUGGGUUCAAGGCAGGUAAAUCCAGGG